ACAAUAAACUAGUUUUUUUUUUAAGAUAGAUUACAGUAAAUUAGUUGAAUCCAACCAUUUCAUGGUGAAGAUUGCAUGGUGAAGAUUUUCCAGAAGAUAGAGUUGUGGAAAAAAUGAUUGUAAGCCUCCUUGAGAAGUUUGAGCAAAAAAUAUCAGCUAUAGAAGAGUCUUGUGAUUUGAAGACUCUUACUGUUUAUGAAUUGAUCAGCAAGCUACAGGCUCAUGAACAAAGGACUGCUUUUAGAAUGGAAGACAUGGCUGCUCAUGAAAGUGCUUUCCAAGCUUUGCCGAAGUGGAAGCCAUUAGCACCAUUCUUUGAAAAAAAGCAGCAAUAUGGAAGAGCAGAUAAAGGAAAAAUGGUGGCUACACAGUCUCAGCCAUCUAAGAAAGAUAAGUUUCCUCCAUGUCCAAUUUUGAGAAUCAAAGUGAAGCUUGGAAAUGGCUCAAUAGUGCAAUCAGAAGGCAAGGGCAUUGUGGCUGUUCAGACCAAGAAAGGUACAAAGUAUAUUCAUGAUGUUCUCUAUAUACCUUCCUUGAGUCAAAAUUUGUUAAGUGUUGCACAGAUGCUUAGGAAAGGCUAUUCAGUUUCAUUUGUCAACAAUGCAUGUUAUAUCCAUGAUUCUUGUGGUGUUGAACUUGCUAGAAUCAAGAUGGUAGAGAAUAGCUUUCCUAUUACGUGGAAUUCUCCUUGCUUGCAUGCUGUUUAUGUAUCAAAAUCUGAUGAAACUUAUUUAUGGCACAAGAGAUAUGGCCACUUUAAUUUGAAGUCUCUUAAGUUCCUUCAAACCAAUGAACUUGUUAGAGACUUACCAGAAAUUCAUGUGAAUGAUGAUGCUGUUUACACAGCUAUAUAUUUGUUAAAUGGUUUGCCUACUAAGGCUGUGCAAGGCAAAACACCUAUUGAAGCCUGGUAUGGUGUUAAGCCUUCUGCACAUCAUUUGAAAAAUUUUUGCUCUAUUUGCUAUACCCAUGUACCUUAUGCAAAGAGAACCAGGCUUGAUGUUAAAGCUAAAACUGAUAUUCUGGUGGGUUAUUCUACAAAAUCAAAAGGCUACAGGGUAUACAACUUGGAAUCUGAAAAAAUCUCAGUUCAUAAGGAUGUACAAGUUGAUGAAGAUUCUUACUGGGAUUGGGACAAGAGAGCUGUUGUGAAAAAUGAGCCCAACACUUAUGCAGAAGCUUCCAAGCAUGACAUAUGGAGGCAUACAAUGCAGGAGGAGAUACAGAUGAUUGAAAAAAAUGACACUUGGGAAUUGACUUCCCUGCCACCAAAAAAGAAUGCAGUUGGAGUCAAAUGGGUGUUUAGAACCAAGAUGAAUCCUAAUGGCUCCAUUCACAAGCACAAAGCCAGAUUGGUAGUGAAAGGAUAUGCUCAACAAGCUGAAAUUGAUUAUGGUGAUACUUUUGCACCAGUUGCUCGGCAUGAUACAGUCAGAAUGAAGACAUUUAUGUGCAACAACUUGAAGGCUUUAUUAUUUCUAGUCAUGAAGACAAAGUUUACAAGCUUAAAAAGGCUUUGUAUGGGCUCAAGCAGGCUCCUAGAUCCUAGUACAGCAGGAUUGAUUCAUUUCUCCUUCAGCAAGGGUUUCAAAGGAGUGAAAAUGAGCCAACCUUGUAUGUUAAAUGCAACUCAGAAAUUUAGUAUGGAUCAAUGCAAGUCUGUGCCUACUCCCUUAGUUCAAAAUUCAAAAUUGAUUGCUGAAGAUGGUUGUGAAAAGACAAAUGCUUUUAUUUACAGAAGUUUGGUUAGGAGUCUUUUGUAUCUUAUUGCAACUAGACCAGAUCUCAUGUAUGCAGCAAGCUUGUUGUCUAGGUUCAUGCAUUCUCCUAGUCAAGCUCAUUUCGGUGCUGCAAAAAGGGUUGGAAAUCAUGAAGAUGCCAAGAGCACAACUGGUUUUGUGUUCAUUUUUGGUUAUGUAGCUUUUUCUUGGAUGUCUAGAAAGCAAGAGCUCAAGCCUUGUGUUAUCCACUGUGAUAACAAUUUUGCUAUUGCUAUUGCUCAUAAUCCUGUCCAAUAUGGUCGUACUAAGCAUAUCAAUGUCAAAUUUCAUGUGCUUAGGAAUAUGGUGCAGAGUAUUGAAAUUGAGAUGGUUUACUGUGACAGAAAUGAACAUGUUGCUGAUAUAUUUACCAAGGCUUUAUCAAAGUUCAAGUUUGAAAAGUUCAAAACCAAGCUCGGAGCAUCUAGUAAAAAUUCAGGAGGAGUGUUGAAGACUUAAGUUUUAAAUAGAUACUUAGCAAAAUGGAACUAUAUUUUGCUUUAGUUGGAGUAGGUGAAAAUCAUAUCAUUGUAAUCUAUCUUUUCUUGUAAUAUGAUAUGUACAAGAUCUUUUGUGUAAGUUGUUCACCUACUAUCAAUGUACAAAAUAUAUAUGCAAUAAAAGGAGAAGACCAAAGUGUGUAUGGUCUUCAUGUUCCCUCUUUAUGUUUAUUUUCUGGUUUUUCCUCUAUUUUUGCUCUCUGCUUGAUUUCACCUUCUGUUUCUUACUUCUAAACUCCAACACUCAUCCUAUUUUCUCUAUUUCAAAUAUCAAAAAUCAUGUGACUAAAACUCUUACUCAUACCAAUUUCUUUGUGUGGAAAAAGCGUAUGAUUCCAGUGCUAAAAAGAAAAGAUGUUUAUGGUC